AUGGCGUUUGUUCACAGUCUGGGCGAUGUAGAGACGCGCUUGUGUACGGCCGUCAAUGUCGCUAUCCAGAAAGGAGAUGCUCAUGAACUUCAGUCGAUCGUGCUCCUGGAGCCAGGCGAAGGCGGUGUAUGGCCGCCCGACCAUCAAGAACUCGUAGGGUCUUUGAGGACAAACUACCCUUACGAAGAUGAAGACUCUGAACAGCGCCUCGAGGAUUUGGUCAGGCGAGUUGUUACCGAGACGGCAGAGUCCGAGGACGAAGAAGGAAGGCCUGUGCAGUCGUGGAGUUCAUUGGUUACAUUUCUUGUUGGAUGGAUGACUUUCCUCCGAGAUGUGGACAUAGAUGACCUUGUGUUGGUCUUUGAGUUGAUGACAGAUCUCCAGUCGCGAGCAAACAGUGCGCUGCAGCACCCUACCAAAGGCAUCAUGAUGCUUCCCACUAUCAUGUACUACGCCAAGGUGUUUGCACGUGUUGCCAUUGGCUUAGACAAGAGGCCCGACCUAGCGCAAGAACUCAUGGUUGAAGUAGACGAGGACGGCCAACGAGAGUCAUUGCCAGAGAAGGCCGCCAAUAUUGUGCGACAGGCCUUUAUAAUAUGCUUGAACGACCGCAACACUGUGCCCGGUGGAAUCAAGGAUGGAAAACCAGAUGGCAAGAAGGUCGGUAUCUACAAAAUGGCGAAUAUUUGUUUGAGAACCCUCUUCCAGGCCGACAAGCUGGACAGCUGCGAGACCAUCUUCAACAACAUAUCGAAUUCUUCGCCGCCUUUACACAUCUACCCAGCGGGAGAACGGAUCACCUACCUUUACUACCUUGGUCGAUACCACUUCAGCAACACCAACUUUUAUGCAGCUCAACUAGUUUUGGAAAUAGCAUACAGAGAUUGCCACCAGCAAUGCCUACAGCAACGUCGCUUAAUUGCGGUAUUACUUGUCGCCGCCAACAUUAUUCUCGGACGAAUACCAAAUGAGAUGGUUUAUAGCGAUCCCGCAAAUGCCGGUUUUCGCGAAGCGUUUCAACCCCUCACCCAGGCCAUUCGCAGAGGCGAUCUUGAAACCUUCCGUCGAAUCACCAACCUCGACCUCUCUCACCCAAUCUCAGGGUUCAUGAUCAAGUACAACGUUUUCUACCCCGUCGGUAACUACUGUGAGCCGCUUGUAUGGCGGUCGUUGCUUCGGAAAAUCUUCAUCCUCACUGCACAAGUAGGAGAUAAGACCAAUGCCGCUGCUCUUCUCGACCUCAACGCAUGUGCCCAUAUAUUUCAGUAUCUUGAGACCCGGUCGCUCAUCAAGAACGCCACAAUGGCCGCACAAGCCCAUGAUCCUCGCCGCAGCAUGGGUCAUGUGUAUCAGGACUACGCCUCAACAACAAAGUCUACGUACAUUGAUCCAGAUUUUGAAGGUGUCGACGAUGUUCACCCGUACACGCACCAAUACGACGAAUUGGAAAUGGAGUGUAUAUGCGGUAGUCUCAUCACGCAGGGAUUCUUGAAUGCGUACAUCGCGCAGGCGAAGCAGAAGAUGGCUGUUCAGGGUGUCAAGGGUGGGGACUUGAACCAAGGGUUCUUAAAUCCAUGGAAAAUAAACAAGGAAAAUAAUGACGAUGAAGUGCUUGGGUGGAAGAAGGAAGCCGGUGGUGACGGAGGAAAAGUCGUUCGGUUGUCGUUUGCUGCGCCAGCUGGGUCAUAG